ACAUAAACACGAAAGCAUGCCAGACAUGAUCCUUGCUAUACUUGGCACAUGCGACGACAAACGCGCAAUGACACCGCCUCGACAAGGCUGAGUACCCAAGAUGAUGCCCUUGGCCGGCCUAUUCGGCAGCAGCGGAGGCGCCACAAAACGUGGCUGCUCAACCUGUCAACUUUGCGGAUUCAUAUGAUCUCACAUCCUCCGCCAAACUGACACGUAUUGUGCCCAAGAACUUCCUCUGCACCCAUUGCUCCUUUUUCUUUUGUUCUUUUCAUUUCACCGCAUACAGACUGCCCAUUUUGUCACUCCACACCUAUCAACCUUCCCAUAAUGGCUUCGGCAACGGGCAUCACGUCUGCGCAAGAAACGGCCUUCCGCCGAGGCACGUUCCAAGGGAAGCAAUUGACGCCGCAGCAGCGCGAGGAGCUCAUGAAACCCUUCCUCCCGUCCGAGCCUACUUCGUCCCCCGACCGCGAAAUCAAGAAAGCUGCAGCCAGCCGGCGCCGCAAAUCAGUCCACAAGAAGCGAACAGGACCCAUACACGCAUCCAUACACUUCUUCGUAUACCACGUUAUCGCACUACUCUUCUCCGUCUUCUUCCGUUUCCGGCGCGCCUACAGACUCGUCAGAGGCAAGAUUGUUGAAUUGCUCAAGUACCACCACCGUACCCCGGAAUUUAUUGCGCACGAUGUCAAGAAGCUCCAGAAGCUGCCUAAGCACUUGAGUGUGAUCGUCGACUAUCAAGAAGACGACGAACACCAGGGAAACGCGGGCUUGGAAGGAUUGGUCAACGAUGUGUGCGAAAUCGCAGCUUGGGCUGCAUCAGCUGGAAUCCCGUUCCUGAGCGUGUACGAGAGGACUGGUGCGCUUAAGAACUACCUGCCCCAAACCCACGCCAGCAUCUGGAACACACUCGAAGCCUACUUCGGCCCCCGCCGCAAGCCUACCCUCUCCCUCCGCGCGCCCCACCUCAGCUCCUACUCACCACCCAACACGCCCCCGCAGACCGCAGACUCGAACGGCAACCUUAAGGAGGAGCGCCAGCACCUCACUGUCCUGCUGCUCUCCGAGCACGAUGGCCGCGACACUAUCGUUGAUCUAACAAGGACGCUGGCAGAGAUGGCGCAGAAGGGCGAUGUGAGACAAGAGCAGAUCAACAUGGAUUUGAUCGAUGCACAGUUGAGCGAUCAUGUGAGCAGUGAGCCGGAUCUGUUGAUCCUGUUCAGCCCGACGGUGCAGUUGAAGGGGUACCCGCCGUGGCAAUUGAGGUUGACAGAGAUCUUCCAUUUGCCUGAUAACAAGGGUGUCAACUACCAGGUCUUCGUGAGAGCGUUGUACAACUUUGCGAAGGUUGAGAUGCGUCUUGGAAGGUAGUUGGUGUGAAGUGAAGCUUGCUCUCCUAUAGUUACAAUACCCGGCUUCAGUGGCCUGUGGAUCAUUACGCAA